CUUUCUCCCUCUACUUUUUGACAUUUCCUAUCUUUUUCUUCUGUUACUUAUACUUAGUACUGCAUUAAUGUCAACCACUCAAUCCGCCUUAAAAGAGGCUGAUGAAUAUAUUGACUAUGACACGUUUCUGGCCGAUGACUUUGAUGCCAACCAAUAUGCUCAUAAUGUUAUCAAUGAGUCUGAUAAAGGUGAUCAAACAGAAAUUGCAACUGCUCUUUCCAAGUUAUCCUUCAACAUUGAUAGUUUGAACAAGCAAAUUCGGAGUCAAGUAAUGCUGAAAAGACCAUCUACCAUUUUAAUUAGUUUGAAACUUUUUUGGAUUUAGAAGCCUUGAUGUCUCUUUUUUUUUUCUUCUUCUUUAUAUUAUAAUAAUAGGUUACGAUGAACUAUGAAGCAUUACUAGAUCAAGUGACAGGUAUCAAGGAAUUGGAUAUCGUAUUAUCUACUGUGCAAGACAAUAUCACUGUUCUAAACACCUCUCUGUCAAGAUUAUCUCUCAAGAUACGCACGCCUUAUGAACAAUUAGAAACUUACACGACACAACUGAGGAACUUGCAAACGACCUGCGAUCUUUUACGUCGAUUACAUCGGUUCAUUGUACUCUUUAAACGCUUGAGCUCACAAUACUCAGGUCCUAUGGAAAAGAAAGCAUUGGAUGACUCAUCUAAAGAAACGAUGAACGAACGCGACAUCACAGCAGCAGCAACCACUAUUCAUGAACUAGGUAUUAUUAUUGAUGAAUCGGAUUUCGAUGGGAUUGAUAUUGUCACCAAGGAAUCACCUAUGAUCCAACAGUGUCGUGAACGUAUCAUACAGGAAGGUGAUCGAUUACUGAAUCAAGGCAUUGAAUCUCAUUCACAAACCAAAAUGGCGGCUGGUCUCCAGAUCUUUUAUAAUAUGAAAAUGAUGGUACCCAAGGUGGAAUCUUUAACUCAAUCGAUGUUAGAUGAUCUGAACAAUAAAAUCAAACAUGUGGUAGAUAUGCAAUCUUUACAAAAGGAAAUGAAAGGUAAUACACCUUCACAAGGACCAGCAGUACGACGUGUCAACAAUGAACCAACAUUUGGAAAUCAAAGUCCUUGGGUCAAUACACUUUGGACAAAGAUGGAUGGAUUGAUGCAAACAAUGAGUGAUAGCUGUAUCAAGAUUUACAAUUUGGAAAAGGUGCUUGAAAUCAAGAAAGAUUCGUACACCCAUGUAUCAUAUCUAGAUGAAAUUAUCAAGAUAUUGGACACAUCAAGUCUUGUUAGUCAUUUUUGGAGGAUACUCUCAGCGACUUUUGAAAAAGAAUUGAAAGAUGCAACAAAAGCGUCAACAUUUCUUCAAAAUACAUUUGUGGGGGAUUAUCCAAAACUACUCCGACUUUUGCAUGGAUUUUUCUCUAGGGUGGCAUUACAUCGAGGAUCUUCUAUAUCUGAUUAUUCCCAAAGUCCGGAGUAUAUCAUCAUGUUACGAAGUUUCAGUACCUUUGAAAAUGGUUAUAUGGCAAGAUCAUUAGCAAGAUUGAACGAGGUUGUGAAUGCUGCCUUUCCGGCCUAUGGUGGUAUGACUCGAUCUGCACCUAGUCGAGCGAAUGUAUUGACGAUCACAAGAACGAUUGAAAAGGAAUUGGAAACUGCUGCUUUCGAACAUCAUUUAUUACAAGCUGUUGCGAAAAAUGUGGUCAAAUCUUUAAAUAUGUUUUGUGUAAAAAGUGAAGGACUAGUCAUUCCAUCCAUCCAAUCUAUCUAUUCGGUGACACCUAACAAUAACAUUACGAACUACCUCAAUAUGAAUAUCGAACUUGCCAAUGUAUUAUACUAUAUGGAUCAAUCUGUUUGGAAAAUCCUUGAAGAAUAUUCUGAAAAGACUGUGGACAUCAUCAAACAUGGGGUAGAGGAUUGUCGACGAUUGAUGUUAUCCAUUGGACAAAAACUAGUACAGGAAAUUGAAGCAGAUAUUACUAAUGUACUUUUGCAAAUCCAUCAAGAAGACUUCUCUGGACAAUUACGACGUCCACAUGAUCAAGAUGAUGAAUCCUCAAGUCAAUAUACCAAAGAACUAGCCAAACAUGUCCGUUAUUAUCAUACAUUCAUUUUAUCUCGACUCUCUUGUGGAACUGAACCAAAAUCAUGGGCAAGACAAAUUGGUAAACAUAUUUUGAAAGUGUUUAUAUUCCAAGCAAGUUUGGUACGACCAUUGAAUGAGACUGGGAAACUCAAAUUGGCAGGAGAUAUGGCAGAAAUCGAAUUUACCGUCAGUCAAAUCAUGAGUGAAUAUGGUGCAAGAAUUGAAGAUGUUGGAGAUGAAUAUAAAGCAUUACGGGCAUUUAGACCAUUACUAUUCUUGGAUUCAGCACAAUUGACAGCAACACAUCAUACAGCCGGUAUUCCACCCAUUGCAUUGAUCCAUCAUCUUGUUGUUCGAUCACAAACAACAGCACACCCAUUGUCACUUCCACAUACUGUGUAUGACUUGUCAAGGCCUGAAUAUAUGAAAUGGAUGGACGCACAAACGCCAAAGGAAUCGGUGCAGCUAGCUUUGGAUGCCAUUGAUCGUGGAAGCAAAAUGUCUGAAGCCGAAUUACAAGAAGUACCUGAAUACCGUUUUAUCUUGAACAUUGCAAACCAAUUAGAUUAGAUUAGAUGACUAGAAUAAUAUAAUUGGAUGAUAGAUGAUAAAAUAAUAAACAGUUUGGACUUUAUUGAAUGAAAUAUAUAUAUAUGUUUUGGGAAAUGAUAUACACAAUAAAUAAAAUAUGAAUUGUAAAAUGAUACGGCAAGUGGAGAAGAGCACAUCAAAAAAAAAAAAGUUGAAUCUAAUUAGAUGGAUAUCGAACAGGAUCUAAACGAUACACUGCCAGUUGGCC